GGAAACGAACUCAGUGAUGUUAAAAAACAAGGUGCUCUCUACGGAUGCCGAAACUGUUAUGUUCCGAAGGAUCAAUUAACUGACACUACCUUUGAUAGAAUACGUUUUAAAAAUUUUACAAAACGUUAUGGCCUUCGAUCGAAACCAGGAAUUUUGUCAACUCUAUCUCGAGACUGUCAUUUACAGACUCCUCAUGAUUCUUAUCACGCAGUCACCGGCAAGGUUCAAAGAUUAUUAGAAUGCACUCUUAAUUUGCUAAAUAAAAAUGAAAAGAAUCAAUUUUUACAAUAUUGGAGAUAUUUCGAAAAGCCUUCUACUUGGCAUCAUUUGCCUAAUCCCAUUACUCAUCUUAAAA